AUGACUUGGCAUCGCCCAGAAACUGUAGGAUGGGCAAUUUUCAGGCAGACAUGCGCCUUCCCGAUUGGCCACGUUUUGAGUGAACGCGACGAUCUUUCCCGACGGAGCGUCGACGAUUUAUUUGUUGGAGUUGCUCAGUCGUCGGUCGACUGGAUUGGAAACCUCGUGAGAGAACAAGACUACUCGCCGAUUGCCCGUUUUUCAUCGGCUUAA